UGGCCGUCGGUUACUUACAAUUUACGCUCUGUUUCGAAGGUUCGUUCACGGGUCUUGGUUCGACAAACUUGCACUUGAUGAAAAUGGGCAUGUCGAGGAUUACGCGCAUGCUUUCGUUUGCUCUUUGUAUAGCCUUAAAGAGCGGAAUGGAAUGUGUUGAGGUGUAUGACUGGAAACGUGACUGGGGCAAGGGUAUCGCACCAAGGGAAGUGGUCACCUUGGAUACUGGCACCAUGACGCUACUCCACUCUGCCACGACCUUGACCACGGACAGCUUGAGCCCAGCGGUCAGUUUUUUCGACUACAGCAACGAAUCACAACAGGGUAUAUUCGCCAUCAGACCGUUGCUAUCGGAUGGGACCAGUGCGUGUUUCAUUGUACGAAGUGACCAGGGGCGAAACUGGCAAGAUGUGCAACGCGAUCUUCGAAGCCGCCAGGGGAGCAUCUUACCCCGCGCACGGGCGAGGAACUACGCCAUAGUUGGAGGGCCCCUGAACGAGCAUUACCUGUCCAAUCAAGCGAGACUGACGGACUUCUGUGACGUCGCCAGUGAUCACAUGUUCCUCUUGCAGGAAUAUGACGCAGAUGAUAUGCGCAAUGUCUGUGUGCAGGGGUUAUUCGAAGAAAUGCGGAUUUACGUGCCAGAAGAGCUCGUCAGUAAAGUGUUUGGUAACAUAAUUAUCUUAUGCAUGUUUAAAUUUAUAUAUUUCGUCGUUUUCAUUUACAAUUCAUUGAUGUCGGUAGGAAAUACGAGUAACUGCCUGUUUAUAUCAUAUUUAAGUUUUCUACUUCAAAUGAAAGAAUGUGAAAUGCGAAAGAAAAUAUCGCGAUUGUACAAUGAUGUGAUAAUAAGCGUAACCACUCAGAUCAAAAUUCUGUAUCACGGCUGCGCGUUUUUGUUAGCGUGAAUCCGGUUGUUCGUCAU